UCAGCCCGGGAGAGCAGGUCAGGAAUGCUGGGGAACAGAACAGCCCCAAUCACAACUGUGAGGAGCCAGGUCUCAGGAAGGAACCAUGGCAAAGGCCAGUGCCCCCAGGUGCAAUCUUUCCUGGAAUCUGAGCUUUUUGUUCUACUGAGCUGUCGGGGGUCCACACUGCCAGCUGAUACACACUCUCUUAGUUGCAAUGUCAUUGUUAAGACUCAUACCACACCUCCACAGCCCUGGUGUGAAGGACAGUGCUCAGUGGAUGGAGAGUCUUUCCUUCAGUAUGAUAAUGACAACAAAGCCACACCUUUGGGUGACCUGGGAAAGGCAGCACAUGCCUCCCAAGUGUGGAAAGAUUUUAUCCAAGGACUGGAAUUCUUGGGACAAGAGCUCAGGAAGAUGCUGGCUGACACCAAUCUGGGUCCAACCAAGAUCCAAGGUCACCCCACUUUACAGACCAUCAUGCUUUCUCAGCUUGAACAAGGACAAAUUGUUGGUGCCUCCUUGUUAUUUAACAUCAGUGGAAAGUACUCCUUCACCUUGAACACAAUGAAUAUGAGCUGGACACCGAUUAGUCUUGAACCUGGAGGUAUCAUGAAUAAAUGGACAGAUGAUGAGGAACUAACCAAAUGUCUGAAGAUCUCCAUGGCAAAUUUGAGUUACUGGCUCAAGGAAUUCUUAACGCUCCACAUGGAAAGGACAAGUAGAUAUUACUUUGAUUAUCAGAAGUCUACUCCAUCAAAUUUGAUAGAUUGUGUCUUCACGAAAGCCAGGGAGCGAGGGGCCCGGCAGCGGGGCAGCGGGGGAGAGAGGGAGCCCUUGGAGCAGGGUAGCGGGGCAGCGGGGCAGCGGGGCAGCGGGGCAGCUGGGCACCUAAGGAGCCGGACAGCAGGGGAAAUCCUAAAGCCCAGAAGCCCGCAAAGAGGGACUGAGCGAUCCCGGCAGUGA